UCUUAACAAUGGCCCAGCGAAGGUCGCACCAAAAAUCCCGGCACGGCUGCUUGGAAUGCAAGCGGCGACGAGUCAAGUGCGAUGAAACACGGCCUGUAUGUGCCAAUUGCGCCAGGCGUCAGACGGAAUGCGAGUACGAUUCAAGCGGGCCCCUUCGCUGGAUGACGGACGAGCCCUCGCGCUCUCCGCGUUCGACAUCGGAUCGCCAGCAACGACCCUCUCCGGAUCUCAGUCUUCUGGGGCGGCUAGGAAACCAGGGAAAUGCCAGUGGCAAUGAUGCAGCUCUCCCCGCCUUGAACUUGUGUGAUCUGGAGUUGAUGAUGCAUUGGUACAACGAGAUGUACCUGGCCCUCUCCCGGAAUCCAAAGACGGAAAUCAUCUGGCGCCUGUACAUCCCAGAGGAGGCGCUCUCUCAUCCUUUUCUGAUGCAUGGUAUGCUCGCGGCUUCUGCAUUGCACAUUGCCCGCACCCGACCUGCGCGGAUGGGAUCGGACGGUAGUCCUCCUGGACGGGACUAUCUGCAGGUUGCCGUUGCGCACCAGAACCAGGCCCUUGCGCUCUUUCGUGACCAACUCGGCAGCAUUGACAUUCAUAAUGGGAAAGCCAUGUUUGCCUUUGCCGGAAUUACUGUCCUUUAUGCCUUUGGAUUUCCGCACCAGCCCGACCCGAACAACCCGGGCAGUACGGCAGUAGAGGAUCUCCUGCAGGCGUUUGUCCUCGUGCGCGGGAUGCAACAGAUUCUCAACCAGACUAUGGCCACGGUUUUCGAAGACCCUAAGUGGGCCCCAAUGCGGGACUUGGAGGAUUACGAUGUUAUCCUAUCGGGGAAUGCGCAAGCUGCGGUCGACCGUCUGCACAAGGCUAAUGGGAAUUGUGCCCGCCAAGACCCUAUCCUCCACGAUUCGUUGCUUUACCAGGAGACGAUUGACAACCUGGCGGAUCUGAUGGCUGGUGUAAAAGCCGGCAUGGGGUUCUCUCUUGCCUGUCGAUUCGCAAUCAAGCUGCAGGCGGCUUUUGUGGAUCGGGUCCGAGAGCGUCGACCCCUUGCGAUGGUGAUCAUGGUGCAUUACUGCGCAGUAAUGCAUCAGCUCCGGGACGUUUGGUUCGGGGAUGAAUGGGGGACACGCGUUGCACAGGAGAUCUGGUAUAUUCUAGAUGACCAAUGGCGGCCACUGGUGCACAGCUCCAUGGAGCAGAUUUUUGGAGAGCGGUAUUUAAACUUUGGAUAAGUGCACAGCGUUAUUCCCCAUUCAUUACGUGCGCCGAUGUGAGAAAAGACCAGGAGAGUUGGUCUAGAACUGAGUCUUAUUUACAUCUCAAUACUGACACGCAACCGUCCCGUCCCGAACCAGGAAGACAAUUCCUCCAUCUCGCCCAUUAAACCAACGACGAAGAUAAAUCAGUACCCGCCACGCUUGCAAAAAUAAAUAAGAAGUCUUGUUCCGGAGCAACGGGCCGUCCCAUCCCUGCAGAUCCUCGACAAUACACUCGAACCAUAGAUUGCUUCUACGUUUCUUGUCUCCAUGGCGUCGCAUCGGUAGUUAUCCGUGCGGAUUUAUGAAAGAGAAAAUUCUCCCUGGAAGACGUAUGCACAGAUUAUCUAUCUGUGAUAAGACCUAUGACGAUGACCGCGGACCGGGAUUAUGGCCAAUUUAUCGCCACGCACGAGGAUAGUCC